UUUCAGGAUUUUAGGUUGCUUUUAGGCAUAUUGGUUAGUAAAGGCGGCCAUGAAAAGAGGAGCUUUGAUUGUUAUUGAAGGACUUGAUCGGACGGGGAAAUCUACGCAAUGCAAAGCACUAGUGGAAGGCCUGCUGCAGAAACAGAUAAAAGCAGAGUACACCAAUUUUCCAGCAAGACAAACAGAGAUCGGGAAAGUUAUCAAUAACUAUCUUAUGUCCAAGAAAGAGCUGUCUGACGAAGCCAUUCACCUGCUGUUCUCAGCCAACCGCUGGGAGAGAGCCGGUGAGAUCAUCAAGACCCUGGAGGAAGGCACCAGCAUCAUUGUGGACCGGUAUUGUUACUCGGGAGUAGCUUUUUCAGCUGCUAAAGGUCUCGACAUCAACUUCUGCAAAGCCCCCGACAUGGGCCUGCCCAAGCCAGACCAAGUGUUCUUCCUGACCAUGCCCAUAGAGAGCAUAGAGCAGAGAAAUGGCUUCGGAAACGAAAGGUACGAGGUUUUAAGCUUUCAAAAGAAGGUGGCAGAAAUGUACCUCCAGCUAAAAGAAGAUGACUGGGAGGUGUUAGAUGCAAGAAGAUCAAUAGAAGAAAUUCAAAAGGAGAUACUGGAGAAAGCGUUGCAAGUGGUAGAGAAUGCUGCCGGGCGACCUAUAGGCAAGGUGUGGAUUAAAUCCUGAUGUGAUUAGUUAGUAGAUUUAAUAUUACUUAGGCAAUCUGACCAGCGGAAAUAGCAGAUCGCUUGUUUCUCGUUGUCAGUCAAAUAAUUGCCAUAGGUAGUAAAUGUAUAUUAUUCCAAUGCGGCCAAAUACGACUGCGCGAAAUGCGUACACAAGCAUAUUUUUCUCUUGAUAUUUUCAUUACUUUUGGCUACUGUAUUUCGUUUUCCAAAUGAAUUUCCCGCAGACGGAUUUUGCCUCUUUGACUGUAAUUGUACCAUUAACCUUUUGGACGCCAAUGACCGAUAUAAAAUUAAUUCGCUUUCGAAUAAAAUAAUUAGAAUUUUAGAAUAUCGAAUUACUAUAAUUUUAACAGUAUUUAUAAACCCGA